AGAAGAAGAAGAACCCGAAGCAAAAACAAGUCCGCAUGUAGCUAACGUUUGCAAUAAACAUUAUUUAGUUGUACGUCUAACCCGACAAAGCAACUCCACCUCGGAAAUGUCUCGUAUAGGAGGAGAAAAAUUUCCCUAAUGUUUCAAUCGUAUGCUGACGAGAAAAAACGACGCGGGCAAAAUUACACUGGCCUGCUAACGUUAGCCAAAGAAGCUAAAUAGCUGCAAUGGCAGCAUCCACGACUCCAGUGAUUUCUGCUCCUGGAUUAAGUCAGAAGCAACGCAGGGCUGCUCUGAGGAAAGAGAGGAGAAAACGGAAACGCCAAGCUCUCGCCCAAGCCAAGGAACUUGAUUUAAAAAAUGGAGAAAGCCCUGCUCUUGAUGAAGAAGAGGAAGGCAAUGAUGACAGUGAAGAAGAUGAUGUUGCUGAGCAGGAAAGAAAGCGUCUUCAUAAUGAAUGGCUGGAAAGAGAGCGGAUUGCCCAGGAGGAAUUCAGGCUGCAGUUGGAGAAGGAGGAAGCAGUGAGGAAAAGAAAAGAGGAGGAGGAGCGGAUGAUAAAGGAGGAAUGGGAAGCACAGCAGAGGCGAGAACAAGAAGAAAAAGAGCAGAAGCAGCAGGAGAGGCGAGACAGAGAGGAGGCUGUUCAGAAAAUGUUGGAUGAAGCUGAAAAUCAGCUAGAUAAUGGUGGCCCGUGGAUGAAUCCUGAGGCUCCUGUGACGGUGAACUCUGAGAACUUUGGAACAGAGCGUGAUGUAGCCAACUGUCCGUUCUUUCUCAAGACUGGAGCAUGUCGAUUUGGAGACAGAUGUUCUCGGAAGCACGUGUAUCCCACAGCCAGUCCAACUCUGAUGAUCCGCGGUAUGUUUAGAACAUUUGGUAUGGAAGAGUCACGUCGUGAUGAUUAUGACAUCGAUGCUUGUUUGGAGCACAGCGAGGAGGAGCUGCAGGAGUCCUUCCUCGAGUUCUACCACGAUGUUCUACCAGAGUUAAAGAGUGUUGGCAAGGUGUUGCAGUUUAAGGUCAGCUGCAAUCAUGAGCCACACCUGAGAGGAAACGUUUACGUUCAGUUUGACACAGAGGAGCAGUGCAAAGAGGCCUUUAUCAAAUUCAAUGGGAGGUGGUACGCAGGCCGGCAGCUGCACUGUGAGAUAUCUCCUGUCACACGGUGGAAAAAUGCCAUAUGUGGAUUGUUUGACAGACAGAAAUGCCCUAAAGGGAAGCACUGCAACUUUCUACAUGUAUUUCGAAACCCUGGGAAUGAAUUCUGGGAGGCCGACAGGGAUCUGCACAUGUCCCCUGACCGCAGUGUUAGGGGCAGUCGCAGAGACGGGUGGCAUUCGGAGCGAAGCGGAGACCGAUCAUGGAGGCAGUGUCACUACAACAGAAGCCCAGUGAGAUCGGAGCGAUUUGAAAGGAGGCGAGAAGACGACAGGUGGAGGAGCAGGAGCAGAGAGAGGAGGACGUCCCACCAGAAUAGAGAGGACGCACGGUCAUCUGGAUCCAGACACAAUGACGGGAGGAAAUAUAGGCGAAGGAGCAGAAGUAGAGACAGUGAGCAAGAACGGCGGAGAAACAGAAGUAGAGACAGAGAGAGGGAGCACAGGGAUAGAGAUCAAGAGAGAGACGGUAAAGGCACAAAUGACAGUGCUCACAGGGGAACGAGAGAAAAGUCAAGAAGUAGAGAAAGAAGCCCGAAGUCAGCAGAUAAAAGUAAGAAAAAGUCUAAUGAUGAUAGCAGCACACACCGCCGCCACAAACACUCGAAAAAGAGCAAAAAGAAGAGCAAGAAGAAACACAAGAAGAAAAGCCAUUUGCCUGAAGGGGGAACUUCAUCUGGAGAGUCAGACAAGGAGGAGGAGUCAGAGGAGGAGACGGCAGAUAAUCGUUCGGCAUCGAGUCCCAGCGGAGAGAGAGGUGAAACGGAGCAUACCCAGAAAAACAGCGACAAAGAUGAGUGCUGACGGCACCGAUAACUUUAAUUCGGAGAUGGAAAGUGAAUAGUUUAAAUAAAUCACAAGCGAGCUGGCUGAAAAUCUGUCCUCUUUGACUCACGCACUUAAACAUCUGCGUCAGAUUUUCUUAAAAAUAACUUUGCAAAUGUAUGUGCGUUACAUCAGUCACUCAUCAACAUCCAUAAAAUGGGAUGCAUUGUCAAGUCUUGAGAUCAAUAUAUGCUGACAAUUUAAUCAAGUUUGAAUACAGCAUAGCGCUCUUUUAAAGGAAUGAGCAAUUUUAAUGUAGUCAACAACAGAACUUAUCACCUUCAUACAUGUAUUUUGAAAAUGGUCAAUGUUGCUUCAUUGUUACUAAGUAAAAAUAUAUGUUGCUAAGUAAGUAUAAAAAAAAAAACAACUUUGCUUUUUGAAUACAUUUAUUGUUAAUAUCUUUCAAAUAUAAGAAAAAUGUGUUGGCAAAUGUGUUGGCAGUGUUUAAUACAAAAAAAUUCUUUUGCACAAAUCAAAGUUGUUUGAUAAUACUUACGGGUGUUCAGUGAAAACACUUUUGAUCUGGAGAACGCGA